AAAAAGUGAGAAAAAAAGGAUUGGAAAAGAGUCGGUAAAGUGAGAAAACUUUAUCACACAACCUCCGGUCGGAAAAAAGAAGACAAUCCCCGUUCCAUGGGUGCGGCGUUAUAGAUUCUGCCUGUCUCCAACCAACCUCUUCCCUUUCUUCGUGGUAUGUUUGUUGAGCUGGCUUUCCCGCUCCCCUCGGUCCAUAAUCUCCAAGUGCUCUCUGGCUUGUCCCCCCUGUCCCCCUUGUUCCCUUGUUCAGUUGGUGAUCUGUUCGCCUGGUCGUGCUUCUUCCAUGAGUGCCACGGCCUCUGCAGCUCCCGCUGCCGCUAGACACAUCCCCGAUACGCCCACCUCGCCGCCCACGCUGCCUUCGAGUUCGUCCAUUCGGCCGACGGCCUCCUCCGCCUCGUUGUCGUCCACUGCCGGCGCUCAAGUGAUCGAAGCCCUGCCAGCACCUGGCCAAGAUUCGACCGUAUUUGUGACCUCGGAAACGGAUAAAUCAGCUAUUCCGUCCACUGACUUGCUGACCCACACCAAUCCUCACGAGCGGCGAAGCCACGCCCAAUCUGUGCGAGAGGUGGGCAAUCAGGCCACUUGGUCGCUGUCUUCUUGCAAACCUGGUUUUGGGGUGGAACAGUUGCGGGACCAUAGCGUUGAUACGUAUUGGCAAUCCGACGGUCAGUUACCCCAUCUGGUAAAUAUUCAAUUUCGGCGCAAGACCACCGUGAGUGACGUGGCCGUGUACACGGAUUUCAAGUUGGACGAAUCUUACACGCCCUCCAAGAUAUCUGUGCGUUGCGGCACCAAUUUCAACGACCUGCAGGAGAUCGAGGUCGUUGAUCUUCAAGAGCCAAACGGUUGGGUUCAUAUCCCACUGACAGACUUGAAUGAUCGUUUGGUGCGGACGUUCAUGGUUCAAAUCGCAGUGAUUGCCAACCAUCAACAGGGUCGCGAUACGCACUUACGACAAAUCAAAAUCCAUUCGUCCGUGGAAGAUCGUCCGGUGACCACGAGUGAGUUUGCCGAGUGGACCACGCCCGAGUGUUUGCAAUUUGUCCAUAUUCGGUGA